AACACUGCGAGCACUCACUUGACCAAAAUAUUGGCUACAGUAUAGAAGUAUCGAUGUAAUCAGAUUCUCAAUCGAAAUUAUUAGCGCUGAAUGUUAUAGCUAUCGAAGUAUUCAACGUGCACUCUCCCUCUUAAAAAAUGCAACAUUCAAAAGCUAUUUCAGCAGCAAAUCGUCACCUCCAAAAGCCAGGCCAGAGCAAUCGAUGGAGCAGUCAUCCAACCUCGGCCAACCAAUUGAGCUGAACCUGAUUGGCUGGCGAUGGACCUUAAAGUGACGCUUUGUUGCUCAAUUUGAUGCAAAAUAAGAUUCAGUGUUAGUCACUCCGUUUCGUGGUGGUCAAGGAAUGAAUUUGACGCAGCAUGAGGGUCCUGGUUCAGCCGCAUUCCUAGGACCCGAGGCGACGCUGUCGGGCCCCCGCGCUUGUGUUGACGGGUCCACUCGAAUGGGGGGCUGCUGCUUUCGUCCUCAGCGUCCCUCUGGCAGUGCAGAGGAGCGAAGCGGUUUGCUAAAUGAUGACACCAAGGCCGCUUCGCCCACGGCCCACUUGGCAGGAACGGUAGGGGGUACGUGUGCCCCCCAAGGAGACAACAACAUAAGGAAGAUGACUGACACAGUGCCAUUAAAAGUGGAGGACACUGAUGUCGUGCAGUUGAAGCUUCCCAAAUCAGAUGUGUCUGAGUAUGUGGUCGCGCGGGAAAAUGGAUCCUUACUGGGGGAAGCCGCGCACGUGUCCGACAAAGCCGCACUCGAACACGGCAUCACCAGAGAAGAAAGUCUGGAGACUUUUCUGGACAAGAGCAGCUCAUCUGUCCUCCCACAGGAAGUGGACUCUCAAUGGGAAUAUGGUGACCGGUGUCCGGCCUCAUCCGUUCCGGUUCGAAAGCAAGAUGGCACCCCACAAGAAGCGCAAAUGUACGCAGACAUGUCUGAUGUUUGCCGCCAUGAUGACGAGGGCGACGUGAACUCUAAAGUUGCAAAUGGCUGCACGAUGGUGACGGAGCUUUGUUUGAACGAGGACGACGCGCCAUCUUCAGCCCACACUCAGGAGGCAACCAUGACCACAAUGUGUCAGGAGUACACGUCCGAGCCCAGCUGCUUAGUGAAUGAGGGCUCGGAAGAUGGCGAGUGUUCAACCUUAAUAUCUGGCCAGGACGAAAAAGGCCAUGAUGCACGUGCACAGCCCACAGAAGCAAAGCUGGGCGGUGAGGAGGAGAAACGGCCUGUACACUUUAACGAUGUGGAGACGCUGACGGCCACGCCUGAAGUCACCAGCAGCCUGCACGGAACGAAGGAAAACCAGCAGGAAAACAUCGUCCAGCAUGUUGCAGACGAUCAAGACGGCGGCUGCCCCGCAGCCACAGAGAAUGACAAGAACGUGGAAACGAUGGAGGAUGAGGAGCUAUCAGAAGAAACGCCACAAGUGCUUCGUGAAGAAGUCGGACCCGCUGAAGGCAGUUUGAGGAGCAGUGACGAAGAUCUGUACCGAGGAGAAGGGGAGUCUCCCAAUAACGCACAAGCGGCGCCCUUAGAGAGCAGCCCACUGGAGGCCAGAUGCAGUUUGGGCCCGGCGAUGGACAUUUUGUCUUAUAGCGAGCGAGAGUGGAGAGGCAACACGGCCAAAAGUGCUCUCAUUAGGAAGGGUUACAAGGAGCUGUCGCAGCGCUUUGCGAGUGUGCGUCAAGUGCGGGGGGACAACUACUGCGCCCUGCGUGCCACCUUGUUUCAGAUGCUCUCUCAGACUUCUCAGGUGCCCGUGUGGCUUCAGGAGGAGGAUGAUGAUGAUGAUGAGGACGACGAUGACGUGGCCGCGGAUCUGUCGGAGAUGAUGGGUCAGUGGACGUUUCCAGGCGAGGAGGAAGCGCAGCCGGAUGCCACCGUGCGGCUUCAAAGCUCCUUGGAGAUCCUCCGAAACAAGUGGCACGCGGCGGCGCGCUGCCCGUCGGCCGCCGAGCGCCUGCGGCUGUGUGACGCCGCCUUUCGAGGAGGUGAGGAGGAGGCGGCCAUGCUGGAGGCGCUCAAACUGCUGAUGCUGCGCCGCGCCGUCCGGCUGCACGCCGGCAUGCGCGGCGGCCGCGACGUGCCGCUCUUCUGCUGGCUGCUGUUUGCGCGCGACUCAUCCGACUGCCCGCGCGCCUUCCUCGCCAACCACCUGAGCCGCGUGGGCGUCAGUGCCGGACUGGAGCAGGUGGAGAUGUGCCUGCUGGGCGACGCCUUGCACUGCACCCUGCAAGUGUACCGCCUGUACAUGGCCGACACCGAGGAAUUUGUGGCCUACUACCCCGCCGAGCACAAGGACCAAUGGCCCCACAUCAGUCUCAUCACCGAGGACGACCGGCACUACAACGUGCCCGUUGCCAACCUGGACCAAGAGGACAAUAGGGAAACGAAAGACGAGGAAGUGACGGCGGCAGCGGUCAGCUGAGAAGUUCUCAUGCCACGCAAACCCCCCCAAAAACCUCAGGUCCGUCUCCAUUUUUUUUUCUCCUCCUUACCUACACUGGAAGCGUCGGUCUCUUUAGGGUGACCUCAUUAAUUUAUUCUUUUCGUUUGGACUGCUGUCAAAGAAGAAAAUCAGGUGUCCGCGUCGCAUGAGCGCAGGAGUUUUCAUUUGUGGUUUUGUUUUGUAUUGCGCAUUUAACGCGUUGCCUUUUGCAAAGCCAGAGAGGAGGAGCACAAGCCACAAGCCAUCAAAGGCCCCCCCGUGCUCCUCCCUGUUGCCUUACAACGAAAAUGCACAAGAGUGAAUGAACGUGGCCUCUCGCUCAUCAAUAAAACGAAAGCACAAGAAUCAUUUGGCUUCCACUCGCCACUUCCUUCACAAGUGGACCGACUGAGGUGAAAACAAGUCUUACAGUAUUUGCUAUAUUUACGGAUUUGCUCAUGGGAGUGGCAAAACAUGAAGUACACUUACUUCAAAAAAAAAAAAAAAAAGCUCAGAAUAUUGCUCAGCUCGACCUGUCGACAACACUAACAAUUGUGUACAUUUGAAACGGCAGUACUAACAUGAUCACGGCUUGUCAGCAAAUGGCGAGAACUCGCCUUUAAACCUCCAUCUGAAAACAUGAGACGAUGAUAAUAAUAAUAAUAAUAAUAAAGCAAUGUAUUUGCCAAAUAAGAAUGUCUGUACAGUAUAUACAGCACAUGAAGAUGAUGAUGAUGAUGAUUGGCCAAACAUAAGCAGGUCUUGGAAGUGAAUGCGUGAUGAUGAAGAAGGAGAGGGAUUCCCGACCCCUCGGUUCUGUCCAAUAUCCACUGUAGAAAACGAUGGUCUGUACAGCACUUUUGUUGUCAAAACACAAUUGCACAACCCAGCAAAAAGUCCCACGACUUGUGCGGAUUUCAAAUGAAUUGAAGCACGUUGCCUUUGUCCCCUCAUUUGUCAUUCCUUUGUUUACCGGUAAACACCAAGGAAGCCAUGACGCUAUGUACACUCGUUGGAUCGACGCUCCGAUGGCUUUGUUUACAGUGCGUGUCGUCACGGAGAUGGGGAGGGCGCCGUUGGGAGAAUUCUUCCUUUCUCCCUCGUCUUCCCCCCUCCCCGCAGGAAGAAAAAUAAAAACAAACAAAAAUAAA